AUGUGGGAGGCCGCUUCGCCCCAGCAACAGCUGCGCAAAGCCGGAAUCCAGAAAGUUGCUCGAGGUCGCGGUCAGGGCCACGCGGCCUGCCUUAUGUUGGCGCCCGUGGAACUCUCAGAUUCCUCACUGCUGGGCCAGCCGCUGAAGGUUCGCAUGAUUUUCCAUUGCUCUGCUGCGCCUUCUGCGCCCGGCCGCAAGCUGUACACAAGAUUUCCCCGACCUCCUGCAACUGCAAGUCGCUUGUUCGCCUGCGUCGUUCGGCUUGAGCCUCACCCCUCUCCCACCCCAAGUUCAGCACGCAGCGCGCCGUUUCGUUCUUUGCCCAUGUUUACCCCAGUGCCAGCGUGGCCGUUGAUUUCCCGAAGAGAGAGCUCCAGAACUCGUCCAAUGAUGCCACAAUUCUUUGAGAGCCUGCCGGGUUCGGAGAACUGGUGCCGCCCCUGCCACUUCAUCGGCUUUAGCUCCGGGCACUGCAAGCCUGCGAAAGCGGCCAUGCCGCUGAUGUCUCCGAGGGACUGCACGCACCAGACGCACCAGCCUGCGCCUUUGCCUUCUGCUUCGCAAACUUCCAGGUGUGCGGUUUGUGGUUUCGGCGGGGCAACGCGGAUGAGCGACCGGAACGUUGGCUUCCACAAUCUGGCGCUGGUGCUCGCUGCAGACCAAGUUUGGAGCGUCGAUCCACCAGACGAGAUCCGGCUCCAGGGCCUUCUGUCCGUCGCACAGAACCUGGUUUCCACCCCUUGGCUUGCGCACCUCCUUGUUGAGACGUGCUACGACAUGUCUGAGCUCGUGAUUGUGGGCUGGAGCUUUGGCAAUCAUUUUGCAUGCCAUGCCUCUCGGCAGUUGGAGGCUGCUGGGAUACGCCUGCGGGGUAUAUGCACGUUGGAUGAUCGGGCUUCGAAGCCAUCACACGAUGAGUUUGACUGGGAGUUCGUUGCCCAGACUCGGCCUCGCGUGCGCCUUCUGGCCGUGGCGAUGGAGUUCAUCAGUCCGAUGAAGUUUGUGAGAAAAGAGUUCGGCCUGGAUCCUGUGCGAUUUUUUGGGGCCAACUACGUCUCUUGGCGGAUACAGGGCUUCCCGGGUGCCUGA